GGAGAGGAAGUGUAUAUCUCGCGGCGCUCCAAUUAGGUGUCCGCCUCUUGCGUCAUCUGAAAGCGACAGUGACAGGUGAAACGUCAUCCGAGAGCACCAGGCUCUAAAUAAAGGUAAAAGCGUGCGGAGUCCGGAGGACUCUGAGGAGUCCCCAUGGCCCUGAGCGCUCUCACUCGUGCUCUGCGCUCUUUGAGCCUGGCAUCCCCGGUCAUUACCGCCCGGACUCCGACUCUGCUCCCGGCUGCCCAGACGCUGGGCAAUGCCCUUCAGCAACCCUCGGCCUUGGUGUUGCCUUCUUACCGCUCGGUGCACACGUCUGUGGACCUUAAUGCCAAGUUUGUGUCCUGGAAAAGUCGUACCAAGUACACAGUCAAGCCAGUGAAGAUGAGGAAGUCGGGGGGUCGAGACCAUACAGGCCGCAUCCGAGUACAUGGUAUUGGUGGAGGCCACAAACAAAAUUACAGAAUGAUUGACUUCCUGCGGUUCCGGCCGGAGAAGGAGGCCAAGCCAGAACCCUUCGAGGAGAAGGUUGUUGUCGUCCGCUAUGACCCAUGCAGGUCUGCAGACAUCGCCCUGGUCGCUGGGGGCAGCCGGAAACGCUGGAUCAUUGCCACAGAAAACAUGAAGGCAGGAGAUACAAUCCUGAACUCUAACCACAUAGGCAGAAUGGCAGUGGCGGCUCAGGAGGGCAAUGCAUAUCCUCUUGGAGCAUUGCCUGUGGGGACCCUCAUCAACAAUGUGGAAAGUGAGCCUGGCCGAGGAGCGCAGUAUAUCCGAGCUGCAGGGACAUGUGGUGUGCUGCUUCGGAAGGUGAAUGGAACGGCCAUUAUCCAGCUGCCCUCUAAGAGGCAAAUGCAGGUGCUGGAGACAUGCAUUGCAACUGUAGGCCGAGUUUCCAACGUUAAUCAUAACCAGCGGAUCAUCGGCAAGGCAGGACGGAAUCGCUGGCUGGGCAAGAGGCCUAACAGUGGGCUAUGGCAACGCAAGGGAGGCUGGGCUGGCCGAAAGAUUCGGCCACUGCCCCCAAUGAAGAGUUACGUGAAGCUGCCCUCUGUUGCUGCCCAAAGCUGAUACCCCUGGACUCUAAUAAAAUGCCCUUUGUUUUUAA